AAAUGUCGAGAAUGGAUGCGUCAGGAGAAUUGAUUUCAAGAAAUUCGCUCAAGCUUGACCAUAACAACGGAGAUUAUUGCGGCCAUAAUGAAGAUUUACAAUACAAUGAAGAUGAAAGAGGAUAUGAGGUAAAUUUCCUUGGAGGAAACCUGCUAAAAUCGAAAUUCAUAUCAUUUAAGCUUCCCACACAACAAAAUGAGUCUAGCUCAGAAAGUGAGGAUGAAGGUAGCAAUGAUGUCUCAGCAAGCCUUGUCCCCAGCUCCAUUGAAAGCAAGAAGAUCAGCGAUCUUCAUAAAAACAGAAAUAGAAAAAUAAAUUGGCUUUGGAACCAAGGAAGAUCUGGUGGUACAGUUCAAGUCAAACGAGUAGGAAUGGCUGCUAAAGGAAGAGCACAUGGUGACAUCAUCCCCUCAUCUCCAAAGAAUUUCCAAAUCGAUGGCGAUACCUUCAUCCUAUUUGGCCGUAAACUCCCUAUUGAUAGAGAGGGUCAAGAGCCAUUAGAGGAUGAUCUUCCAGAGUUCGUAUAUUCUGAGGAAUAUGGAACAGCAGAAUACUCUUUCUUAGAGAACGAUACUUAUAGUAACAAGUCUCCUCCUCCACUCUACUUUGAAUUUGAAGAGAUCAAUAAGCCAAAACCAACAGACAAAGAUGAAGUCCUCCAAGCUUUCAAAUUGAACGAUAAAGGAUACUUAGAAUGCCACGAUCAGAAGAUUAAAGAGUCAAAUAAAGGAGUCAUCCCCUAUGUUCUUAAAGAACUUGCCAAAAAUGUCCUAACAGGCAAAGGUGUAGUAUCGAUUUCGCUUCCUGUACGAAUUUUCCAACCAAAAUCUCUUCUUGAAAGAAUCCUUGAUGCUUGCAGUUUUGUGCCAACCUUCUUCAAAAAGGCAUGAAAGACAAAUGAUGAGCUCCUCAGAAUGAAAUACAUCCUUGCUUUUAUUGUUAGUGGGAUGUACAUGUCAGCUGAUCUAAGGAAGCCUUUUAACCCAAUCCUUGGUGAAACUUUGGAAGGAUACUUCAAAGAUGGCACUAGGAUCUACAUGGAGCACAUCAGCCAUCAUCCACCAAUCUCGAGCUAUCUUAUUGAAGGCCCUGCUGAGUACGCCUUUAAGAUGUAUGGAGCAGUUGAAUUCAAGGGAAGCAUCAAAAACAAGGGAAACGUUCUCAAUAUUUUCUUUGAAGGUGCAAAUUAUGUAGAAUUCCCUGAUGGGCAUCUCAUCGAGUUCCAUUACCCAACCACACGAGUAAGCGGACUCAUGUGGGGAGAAAGAACAGUCAACAUCGAAGGAACAGGAAUUCUUAUUGAUCACGAUCACGAUACUCGAGGAAUAGUUGUGUUCAAUCCUGAGAGCCCAGAAUUCGAUGUCACUACAGAACCAACUAGCUUUGAAGGUCUGAUUUAUACAAGUGAGAGUAAAGAGCUCCAGAAGAAGAAGAUCGCCUCUCUCAAAGACGUAACUGAUAUCGAAGAAGAGAUAUGCGAUGUAUGGGGUAAUGUCCUUGAAGAACUUCUCAUUGAUAAUGAGAAAUUUUGGGAGAUAGACUCUUAUACCCCAUACAGAUGCUUCCCCAUGCCGACUUCCCUUCCUUCCGACUGUAGAUAUAGAGAAGACUUACUCUGGCUACAAUAUGAUAACCUGAAGUACUCCCAAGAAUGGAAGGGCAAGCUUGAAGUCCAGCAAAGACAUGACAAGAAGAUGCGCUUGAACUGUGAGAAAGCUCGUAAAAAGAAGAAGACAAAAUUUGUCGGAGUCUAAACAGAUUAGGACAAUUCUGAUAAAUAUGUAAUAGUCAAUUA